UACGUGACGUCACUAUCUUUGUUUACUACGAGCGAGGCGUUGCGGCCAGCUACCUCCGCCCCAGUUUUCAAUUACUGCGGUUCGAUACCGCAGUGUAAGGACAUUCCUGUGUGAAAUUUAAUUGUUGUAAUUAACAAACGUGAAAUGAUGUCGGCAAACGGGCCUGUUGCUGGAGUCGACUGCACGGACGCGAGGCGAGGCGACGGACAGGAACAGCCAGAUGAGUCCUCGCCCGGCUCCAUGGAUGUGGAUGCCCAGGCUCAGGCACACAGCUUCAGGUACAGCCUCAAGUUCCCCUGCAUAGGACAGUGCAUCGUCAUCAACAACAAGAACUUUGACAGACAAACAGGAGAAGUCAUUAGAGAUGUGGACUCCAAGGUACCUGAAGGUGUGGACCCUCUCUACACGCUCGCCGUUGAUGUAGAGGGGGGCAGGGUCGGUGCUGCUCCUCCUGAAGUCGACGAUGAUCUCUCUGGUCUUGUUGGUGUUGAGAGCGAGGUUGUUCUCCGAAGACCAGGCCGUCAGCUUCAGGACCUCCUCUCUGUAGGCAGCCUCGUCACCCCUGGAGAUGAGCCCGACCACUGUGGUAUCGUCGGCGAACUUGACGGCAUGAAUCAACGCAACGGCACCGACGUGGACGCGGCCAACGUGAUGAAAGUGUUCGCCAAGCUGGGUUAUAAAGUCAAAGUUUACAACGAUCAGACGGUGGCGCAGUUGAAACAAGUUUUGAUGGGAGUGUCAAAAGAGGAUCACAGCAGUUUUGCGUCGUUGGUUUGUGUUCUACUUAGCCACGGAGACGACGGUAUCUUCUUCGGCACCGACGGCUCCAUCGAGCUCAAGCACCUCACGUCGCUUUUCAGGGGGGAUCGCUGCAAAUCUCUGGUGGGAAAGCCCAAACUUUUCUUCAUCCAGGCGUGCAGAGGCACUGAGCUGGAUGCAGGCAUCGAAACAGACAGCAUGGACGACGGCACCACUAAGAUCCCUGUGGAAGCCGACUUCAUGUACGCCUACUCCACAGCUCCAGGCUACUACUCCUGGAGGAACACCAUGACAGGCUCGUGGUUCAUCCAUUCACUGUGCGAGAUGAUCACCAAGUACGGCAAAGAGCUGGAGCUCCACCACAUCAUGACCCGAGUCAACCACAAGGUGGCGGUGGAGUUCGAGUCGGUGUCCAACGCACCAGGGUUCGACGCCAGGAAGCAGAUCCCCUGCAUCGUGUCCAUGCUGACCAAGGAGAUGUAUUUUUGCCCUUGACACAUCAGCGAGGGAGGGGUAAAAAUCUAAAUAGUGCUUUUGAAUAGGUUUUGUUUGUUUACGUCUUGUUUUAUCGUACCUCAGCUCGCAUGUUCCUGUGUAAGUUCACACCAAAUUUGAUAUUAUUUGGUUCUUUGUUUAAUUCCUUUGCUGUUUUUGUUUUAAACAUUCAACCAAAUAAGCUCACUUAAUUAACUGAUAAAUAAUCAGUCUUGUUAGUGUUUGCUGUUUACACAUUUCAGGGAGUUAUGAAGCCAUUAUUGGCCGCAGCAUUUUUACGUGUCUCAGAGAGAAAAAACAAGUAGCAAUCACGUGGGAUUUUCCGUGUAUGUCUCUUUACACUCCGAUUGCAUUUUGUGGAGUUAUGAGCCUAAUCUCAUGUACAAUUGAAUGAAAAAAAUUAAAGGGGGUUGAAGUGGCAUUCAGUGGUUGCAGUUUGUGAUUUGUCUAAACACAAAGCACAAUUAGAUUUACAUUUGAUAGACAUUUUUUUUUUUACUUGCAUCUUUAUGUGAUGUUGCACUUUUUCAAACAAUAAAUGUGUGCUAAGUGGGA